AUGCUUGCCGGUCUCGGUCUCCUCCUCGCCGCGCUCCCAGCUCUGGCGGUUCAGCUUAGCGGGAAUCUCGUCAACAGCCCGACCUUGAAUACCUCCAACCUCCCUAUCGACGCGUAUGUCGACCUCGACUUUGGGAGCGCUGUCGCGCCGUUCCGUGCCGACGGAAGUUUCAGCUUCGGCGAGGUCAAGCCGGGCCAGCAUGUUGUGCGACCCAUGGUGCGCGGGUACGCGAUGACGGAUCUUAUGGUCACUGUCCCCACCGACGACGCCGCGCCCCACGUCCAGCUGUUCAUCGCCGGCAAGCAGGCGCUGCCCGUGUCCACGGCGUCGCUCGAGUUCCCCCUCCUCGUUGGUGCAACGUAUGCGCAGAGCUUCUACACCGAGGCCAACGCCAUGAACAUCCUCCAGAUGCUCAAGUCGCCCAUGGUGCUGAUGAUGCUGGCGUCGGGCGUGAUGGCGUUUGUCUUCCCCAAAUUGACAGCUAGCAUGGACGACCCCGAGCUCGCGGCUGAGAUGGCUGCUCAGCGUAAGCGGAUGACUGCCGCGUCGCAGAUGGACUGGACUGGAGCGCUUGCGAGUCGGCUCGCUGGAGAGCAGUCGCCUAGCAACGCGCCGGCUCCGGGCACUGCUUCGCUCUCCGCAGCAUCCGCGGACGCCACCGGCACUUCAUCCCCGGGCCCUGCUGCAGCACGGGCGCCUGCCCGCGGUGGUGCAAGCGGUGCGAAGCGUGGUGGCAAGCGGCGAUAG